AUGUCAAAUUCCGAUAAGCAGAGCAACAAGUUUGCGUGGAGUCACUAUGAAGCGAUUGAUCUGAAGGGAAAAGGUCGUCAGGAGACCUUUACAAUACGACAUCUGAAGCAGGGAUCAACUGGCGCUGUCAGCACGUGGCCAGUCGCUUCAGUUUUGUUAGACUAUCUUGUACUGCGAAAUGGCUUGGCUCGAAAGGUUCCUUCUGUUGAUACCUUGAAUAUGGCCGAUAAUUCACUCCAACAACAAGAAAGUACCGAUCCUUUGGCUGCUAAUGAUGAUAAUGAGUCCUACAACAUUGUCGAGUUGGGUGCGGGUACGGGUUAUCUAGGAAUCGGACUAGCGCUUUCCCUGAAUCGAGAGGCAAAUCUCAGCAGCAAGGAAGAUGGCGUUCGCUUUCAACCCAAAGUCCGCGUAAUGUGUACGGACAAUGAUCAACGAACAAUCAAGAAUAUGCGAUUCAACGUUAUGGAUCAACCAAAGGAAGGAAUGCUAAGCAAGGCUGUCACGGUUCAAAAUCUUGCUUGGGGUACUGAUGUUGGUGGUACUAAAUUUUCCAAUGCGAUAGGCUCUCAAUUCGGAUCACGGCAAAAAAACAAAAGUGAAAAGGAGGAGAAGGAAGAAGAUCCCUUGCGACUUGUGACGCAUCUUAUUGCCUCGGAUGUGCAUUACGGUGUCACAACUCUUGAUCCACUGUCAUCUGUUAUUUCCGCGUUUAAGUUGCGAAAUCCAAACGUAGUUGUUAUAGUCUUGUUGAAGGAACGAUCACCCGAGGUAUAUGCAGAUGUAACUGGCUUAAAAGCGGAAAUUGAAUCAAAAGUACAAAGUGGGCUUGGAGAUAAAGAGUGCUCAUUGGAUACUCAAACUGCAUUGAAAGAUUUUUUUGUAAGCGUACGCGACGUGAUUCACCACGACAUAACCAAUAUGAAAAUGGUCGAGUGUUGA